AUGGGCGAAAACAUUCCCGACGAGCGCACCGUGCUGCUGUCCCGGACUUCGUCCAUCGCAUCCAAAGAGGAAGAUGCCACCUUUGAUAUCCUCCACGAUCUCGGUGCUCUUAUCCGGCGGACGAUUCCCAUAUGUCUGUCAUUCGCUCUGCAAAACGCGGUGCAGGCCAUAAGUGCACUAAUAGCCGGAAGUCUGGGCUCUUUUGAGUUGGGAGUCACCUCGUUCGGGUUCAUGUUCUUCUCCUGCACAGGGACCAUGACUGCCAUUGGCGGUGCCACGGCACUCGACACAUUAUGUGGCCAAGCGUUCACUUCGCACUCGGUGGUCGACAAUCCCAAAGUCCUCGGCCUCCUCCUUCAGCAGUGCUUGCUGGUCCUGCUCGGGAUCUUUGGCGUGGUGUUUGCGCCCAUCUGGGUGUUUUCGGGACGCUUUUUCAUCGCCCUGGGGCAGCAGCCAGACUUUGCGUUGACCACCGGCAGAUUUAUGGUGCUCAUGCUGCCGGCGGGCGUGUUGCAGAUUGUGGCAGAGUCGUUGAAGAAGUUCUUGCAGGUCCAAGGCGAAAGCAAUAUCGUCGGAGUGUCUACCGCCGUGGCCAGCUGCUUGGGUGUUUUCGCCACCUUCGUCCUUGUCCGGUUGACGAAGCUGCAGCUCUGGGGUGUUCCUUGUGCCUUCUGCUUCUACCAAUUUAUCACAGUUGUUUUCUUGCUCUUCAUCAUUUCCAGGAAGCCCGCCGUCCGGAAGACUUGGCGCGGGUCAAUUGUUGGCAUUCAGAAGGGGCUGUCGCGGUUGGUAUUUUAUGCCGUCACUGGAAUCUUUACGUGUGCGACGGAGUGGUGGAGCUUUGAAAUACUUGCAAUGAUGGCUGCAAGGCUAGACCCCAACUCUAUCGGAGCGCAGAGUAUAUUGAUGUCUUCCGACCUGCUGCUCACGACGGUAGCACUUGGAAUAAGUGUCGCGUCCAGCCACCGCAUCGCUGGCUUCCUCGGUGCCGGCAAGAGUCGGGAAGCUCGGAGGGCAGCUGCCACACCAUACCUGCUGUCCUUCAUUAUCGGGGCCGUCGAAUUCUUUCUGAUCCUGCUUGCCAGGAACAGCUACGGCCGGAUCUUCACGAGCGACGAAGCGGUGAUCCGAAAGACGGCACAGGUGCUUCCUCUGAUGGCCGGCUUCCAAGUCCUCGACCUCUCCAACGGUGGCGCCAGCGGAAUCCUGCGAGGUGCGGGAAAGACUCAUUUGGCCGGUGUGUGCAACUUCGUGGCUUAUUAUGGGGUGGGCCUGACGACGGCGUGGUUCCUAUGCUUUCGCAAGGAGUACGGUGUCUUUGGUUUGUGGGCGGGCAUCAUCACCGGGAGCGGUGCCCUCCUGGUCCUGCAAUCUUGCUGUAUUUUGAGCAUCCGGUGGAAGCAGCUGGCCAAAGAUGUAUCCAGGUUGCACGACACAUCGGGCUAA